AUGGCAGACCGAGGCGGCGCAGCACCCCGUGGCGAUCGUGGCGGCUUCGGCUCGCGCGGCGACCGAGGCGGAGACCGUGGACGAGGACGUGGCCGUGGCCGUGGACGUCGCGGCGGUGCGAAGAGCGACGAGAAAGAGUGGCAGCCAGUGACGAAGCUGGGACGUCUCGUGAAGGCGGGCAAGAUCAAGAGCAUGGAGGAGAUCUAUUUGCACAGCUUGCCGAUCAAGGAGUACCAGAUUGUGGACUUCUUCUUGCCGAAGCUGAAGGAUGAGGUUAUGAAGAUCAAGCCAGUGCAGAAGCAGACCCGUGCCGGUCAGCGCACUCGCUUCAAGGCCAUCGUGGUCAUCGGCGACAGCGAGGGCCACAUCGGACUCGGCAUCAAGACCUCCAAGGAAGUCGCUACCGCCAUCCGCGCUGCCAUCAUCAUCGCCAAGCUCUCUGUCGUGCCCAUCCGUCGUGGCUACUGGGGUACCAACCUCGGUGAGCCUCACUCGAUCCCGACCAAGGCCAGCGGCAAGUGCGGUUCCGUCACCAUGCGUCUCAUCCCUGCCCCACGUGGUACCGGCCUGGUCGCCUCGCCCGCCGUCAAGCGUCUGCUCCAGCUCGCAGGUGUCAACGACAUCUACACCGCCUCCGCCGGCUCUACCAAGACGCUCGAGAACACGCUCAAGGCCACCUUCGUCGCCAUUACCAGCACGUACGGCUUCCUUACGCCAAACUUGUGGGCCGACAACAAGCUCCAGCGCAGCCCGCUCGAGGAGUACUCCGAUGUGCUGCGUGAAGGCAAGCGCUACUAG